AUGCAGAUCGAGUACAACGGCAUUCAAUUCAAGGAUUCGUUGAAACUCAUCAGUAGUCCACUGCGUUCCAUCGUUGCACAGACUCUUGGAGGCAACCUCGAUUUGUACGUGUACACCAAACAACAACUAUGCAAGUACUGCGAGUCUCGAGGCAAGCAAUGGGAUGAUGAAUACAUCGAUUUGUUGACACGGAAGGAACCCAUGUUCUACAGUCUCAUCAAAUCAUACGAGUCAUUGAACAAUACCACCAUUCCUUCUCGUGAACAAUGCAUUGAUGAUAUGAAGGGAGAAAUGAUGCCCCAAGGCGAAUAUGAUCACAUGGUGAAACUGUGGAAGAUCUUCGAUAUCAAGACAUGGGGUGAAUACUACGAAUUGUACAAUGUACUCGAUGUAACUCUCAUGGCUGAUGCAUUCGAGCACUUCCGCGUUACCACACUGAAUGCAUUCGGUGUUGAUCCCAUGCAUUACAUCACAGCACCACAAAUGGCAUAUUCGCUAUUCUUGAAGGUCACCAUGGAGGGCGAUCAUAGUGAGAGUAGCCUCAUGACCCUCGCAAGGAAAUGGGCUCAGUACAUCAUGCGCAUCAACGCGAAUGAGGGACUCGCCGAGAAACAACUCGUGAAAGUGUUCUUGAAUCGCAUGGGUGAAUUCUAUGAGAGCAAGGGCAUUCGAUUGAUGGAGACAAAUGAUAUCGAUGACUUCAUGCGAUUGUUGAAGAACCUGCGAGGAGGCAUCACUCAGAUCGUGAAACGACAUGCCAAGGUCGACCUCGCCAGCCAUGACAACGAUAGCAUCUACUACCUGGACGCCAACAACCUGUAUGGAGGAGCCAUGCAUCGAAUGAUGCCUUACGAGUUGGUGGGUGUACCUGAGCGACGAGAAGUGAUGGAGAAGAUCAAUCGUGACCCGAAUGGGUGGGUGCAAUCACUCAAGACGUUCGGUAAGUAUGGAUUCUUUAUCGAGUGUGAUAUCGAGGUACCAGUGGAGCUGCACGACAAGUUCAAUGAUCUGCCAUUCUUUCCCAAGAACGACAUUGUGGACAAAGUGAAAGAGGUGAAUACACCGAAGCUCAUCUGCGAUCUUGUACCUCGUCGCAAGUAUCUCGUGCAUUACUUACUGUUGCAACUGGGCAUUCAACAGGGAUAUCGCGUUACACACAUUCACCACAUCAUUCGAUUCAAGCAAGCACCAUUCAUCUUCGAGUAUGUGAACAUGCUGAGUGAGAAACGAGCCAAAUCCAAGACCACUGUGGAGAAGAACCUGUACAAGCUGUUGGCAAACUCAACCUAUGGCAAAUUCGUUGAGACUGGGUUGAAACGGAUGAAAGUGAAGUUCGCUAACACAUGGAAUGAACGUGAAGCCAUCAUUCAGAAGCAUGGAUACGAUAUGAUUGCUGGAACUACCAUGUAUUCCGAGAAUCUCAUCGGUAUCAAGUUGAACACACCGGUGCGCAGGGUGGAGAAGCCAUUCUUCAUCGGGUUUGCCAUUCUCGACAUGUCCAAACACAUCAUCUACGAUUUCUACUACAAUGUGCUCAAGACGACAUUCGACACCGUGGAGCUGUUGGGACAGGACACGGAUUCGCUUAUCAUGCAGUUGCACGAUCGCGCUAACAUCGUUCACAAGAUGUGCGACAUGUACAAAUCGUUCGACUUCUCGGAAUUGGACAACACGAGCUACUUCUAUGGAGAACUCGUGAAGUACUAUGAGAAUGAAGUGGACAAGAGCAAGUUCCCUUCAUUGGAAUCGUUCCUCAACUUCAACAAGAAGUUGCCUGGUCCUAUCUUCAAGGACGAACACAACGGACAUCACAUCACGGAGUUUAAAGGACUGAGACCGAAAAUGUCCUGCUUGGUUGAUGAGAAGCAUGUGAUACACAAUGCAGCAAAGGGAGUUCCUCGCAACGUCGUGAUCGAUGGUGAGAGAACGAGCGUGAAGAAUAUCGAUUUGUACAAGCGUGUCCUUGAGGCAGAGAAGAAGGGAGAUGCAGUAAUCGAAGGCAGCUUCAAGCGCAUCAACAACCAGGCCUUCGAUAUCAGCACGAAGGAACAGACCAAGACCCUUAUGACGUGCACGGAUAACAAGCGAUGGAUCUUGGACGACAACGUGCACGCACUAGCUUUCGGUCAUUAUUGA